UCACUCCAGUCAAGAGUGUCGACCAUCACGAAAGCUGUCACAUUCAGCAACUACACCGAUUCGAAGCUUUAAUCUUAAUCGUUUAGCUCGUAUUUGAGUUUUAUCUUUAUUUGUAGUGCCCUUGCUCUUUGCAAGCGUUAAUAUGAGUCUGAGUGUUGGAUUUAGGCGAACGGCUGCGAUGAGUCUAUUCGCGCAGGGCGCGCACACAGCGCUCGUGCCCGAGCCAGCGCUGAAGACCCGAGCCGAGGACGAGCUGGACGGGUACGCGGACGAGAUGGAUACCGGAUUAAAACCGCUGAGGCCCGGGAAGAACGUCCUGAAAGGAUUGCAACUGGACGGGCAGUUCGUGUGUGCGACAGACGGGUCUCUCCCGGCCACACCGGACCCGCGGGACUUCGGUUUUGCCGAACUGCACCGGGAUACACGACAGCUUUUGUUUGAUUUCUAUCGCACACACACGGGAAUGUGUCCACCCGGCCAGAGUACUCACCCCGCACUACCGACGCUCAGGCGGGUCGUUGAUGGCAUUCUCACAAAGCACCGGAUCACUUACAAAGGAAUGAUGCAGAAGCUGCAGGUGGACUCUCGGCCGGAUGACAUGGACUUCCUCACCUCCAUCGCUCAGAAGAUGUUCAGUGACGGCAGCACAAACUGGGGUCGCAUCAGCAGUCUGGUGGCCUUCGGUGCCGUGGUGUGCAUGUGUCUGAAGGAGGCGCAGAGGGAGCGCUGCAUAGACCGGGUGGCAGAACGGAUCUCCUCCUAUCUGAUGUCAGAACAGCACGACUGGCUCCUCAAGAACAAAGGCUGGCAUGGGUUUGAGGAGUUCUUCCGUGUGGAGGACAUGGAGUCUGUCGUUCGGAACACUUUGGUGGCCAUUGCUGGAUUUGCCGGGAUCGGUGCCGGUCUUGCUUUCCUGAUUCGGUGAAACCAAACAGACUGGUCAGUUGGACCGGAUGAUUCCUUGACUCUCUCCAGACGGCCCGGGCUAGCACUGAGGCCGCUGGACGUAAAUUCAGACGCUUUGAGGCCAACGUGCGCUUAACAUCUCUCAAACAGCCCCGCCGGCGAUCGGAUAACGGCACAACAGAUUGGGCUCUCCGCGAGCCAGGAAUGUUUAUUUUUGAACUAUUUUUCUAAUAAAAUAAAUGGUAAAGAUU